CGAAGCGAAGCCCAAGGCUGCGGCGCCAGCAGCGACGUCCAUGUCGGACGCCGCCUACGCCUUCGACGAGGAGGUGCUCAAGGACGUGCGCAACAACAAGGUGUGGAUGCAGGACCCCAAGUACUUCAAGAAGGUGAUCGUGUCGCCCGCCGCCACCAUGAAGAUGCUCAAUCACGCCAACUCGGGCGUGGAGAAAGGAAUCAAGAACGGCGGCAAGCCCGUGGAGAUCAUGGGGCUCAUCAUGGGCAGACCUUCCACGGGCACGGACAGAGACGCAGGCGAUGCGCACACCCUCGUGGUCACCGACUGCUUCCCGCUGCCGAUUGAAGGCGCCGAGACCCGCGUGCUGGCGGACGACGCCGAGGUCAUCAACUACAUGAUCUCGCUGGGCGAAGCGGUAGAGCAGACGCGCAAGGAGAAGUUCAUGGGCUGGUACCACAGCCACCCGUUCGACGUGGAGGUGCACAGUCACUGCUUCCUCUCGGCCACGGACGUCAGCACGCAGCUGCAGUGGCAGCGCUCCGAAGAUCCGCACGGCAACCCGUGGCUCGCCAUUGUGCUGGACCCGCUCCGCUCGCUGGCCAAGAAGCGACCGGAGAUGGGGGCUUUCCGUGUCUACCCUCCGGAGUACGCCGCUCCGGUGAACGAGACGCCCGAUGGAACGAUUGUCACGGACGAGAGCGCGAGACUGGAACGCUGGGGCAACUGCUGGAACCGCUACUACACGCUGGAGAUCGACUACUUUAUGAGCUCCUUGGGCUCCCAGGUCGUGAGUGUGCUUUCGGAGGAGUUCUUGUGGAUGCGCACGCUGAGCUCCAACACGAUGCAGGAGCGCGAGAACCGUGACCGCUUCUCGGAGCGAAUUCAGUUGCUGGCGAACAAGCUGGACGGCUGCGAGGCCCACCUCAUGCCGCGCACUGGACGCAGCGCCUCGCGUAUCGGUGAGUACUACGUCCCGGAGAAGCAGCAGUCGCACAUGGAGGCUGAGGAGUCGGCGCUCGACAAGAUCACUCAAGCUGCGAAUGAACUCGCUAUUGAGAACUCGCUUGGCCAGGAGCUGCAAGUUACCAAGAAAGCCCUCUUCAAUGACAAGUAG